UGUUGUUGUUUUUGUUGUUGUUGUUUUUCAAGACAGGGUUUCUCUGUGUAGCUUUGCACCUGUCCUGGAACUCACUCUGUGGCCCAGGCUGGCCUUGAACUUACAGAGAUCCACCUGCCUCUGCCUCCCGAGUGCUGGGAUUAAAGGCGUGCGCCACCACCGCCCAGCAUGCUAGUAGUUUUUAAUAAUUCUUUCUCAUUAGCUAUAGUUUUCCUUUUAUAUAAAAGUAUAUUUGGGAGGUCAUUUUUUUGUUACUGUAGUAAGUUUUAAAUCUUACUUUUUAUCCAGAAUAACUUGAUUAUUCUUUUCGCCUAGCUCACCAGAAUUGCCGAAGUGUACUUUUUCUCCCUGGGGUAUCUCUCAGAAGUCUAACUAAGGAAGCACAAUCCUGACUGCCCUGUGACUUGCUAUCAUUUGUGCUUUCACUUCUGGGGAGGAGUUGACAGUCACAGCCUUUCAUCUUGCAACAGCUUUACUGUUUCUUGUUUUCAUUAAGGAGGGAAAGUUAACGUCCAUGAUGUGAAGACUGUUCUUCAAAACACUGGUUUCAAACUGGAAGCAAAAGAGCUGAAGGACCUGCAGUCCCGCCUGCCGGUGACUGAACAUGAAAAGGUUGACUUGGAUGUGUUGAUGGAUGCAGCAAAAUCUUUCACAGGAGAAAGAGUUGACACCAAAGACUUAAAAGACGUUCUGGGGAACAUGGGAAUUGCCCUCACUGAAAAAGAAGAAUUGAAGCUAUUGAAAUCUCUGCCCAUCACUAAAGAUGGAACAGUCUAUAAGAAGAGAUUACUGGACAGUGUGGCAUCAAUCAAAGGGAAAAAAGUCCAAGUCUGUCAUCUACCACUCAUUUUGAAGAAUGCAGAAUUUGAACUUGAGAAGGAAGACUAUGAUGAUCUCAUGAAACAUCUGCCUGUCGAUGAAAAUAAACUGGUUGAUUUAAGUGUGUUAAUGGAUGAAGCAAAAACUUUUACUGGGAAGAAGGUUGAGAUUGAAAAUCUGAAAAAUGUGCUGAGGAGAGUGGGACUGGUGCUCCCCGACAAAACAUACAAGGAUCUGCAGAAAAACCUGGCAGUUUACGCUGGUGGGAAGAUAUAUAAGAAGCGACUGCUAAAGUAUGUGACGGGUCUCAAAGGGCCACGGGCCAAAAUAAAAAAAAUGGAAUCUGUCUUGGAAAACCUGGGAGUUAAGAUCAAAGAUGAAGAACUUGAAGAACUAAUGGCCCAGCUACCAUCUGAUGGUAACAGAACAGUGGAUCUGAAUGAUCUGAUGGAUGUUAUCAGUUACAUCAAGGGAGAAGUAAUUGACAUCCAAAACUUGGGCAAGUUUCUAGCAAAUGAGGGGAUCGAGCUCACAGAAGACGAGAUGAACAACCUGAUGCCUUACCUGGAAUUUAACGGAAGUGGGAAGGUCACCAUACAAUCGAUAAUGGAGGGCCUGAAGAAACUUAAACCGAAAGGAAUGAUGAGUCUGCACAAGUUGUUAAGAACUGCCAGUGGUAUUAACGAAAGAGUUUCUGGCCAAAUGGCAGUUUCAGGACUUAAAUCCACACUGAAGCUGAAGCCUCUGAAAGCACCUCUCUUUCACAGGAGAGAUAGAGCAUAUCUUCCAGGUUAUUUACAACACAAAGAAUCGAAGCUGAGCCCUUCACAACUGGAAGCCUUCCAAAAUGCUUACAACUACUUCACCAAGGAUAAAACUGGCUGUAUUGAUUCACAUGGAUUGAUGAGCACCUUAGCUAAACUGGGGAUGAAUCUAAACACAUAUGAUAUCUAUAAUGAAUUAAAGUGUGCUGAUCUUGACAGAGACGGUAAGAUCAACUUCUCAGACUUUAUAGAGGUGCUGACAGAUAAGAAACUCUUCCUCAAGGCUGUGGUUCCAGAAAAGAAACUGUGUUUAGAUUUAGCUAACAACCCAGGGAUCUUAUUAUUUGAAAUCCUAUCAAAACUUGUAGAGACGUCAGCCCUGCACAGAAAGGAUAUAAUCGAGCUAGUAAGCUAUUUCCGAAAAAAAUUCCAGGAAAGCAACGCAGAAAGACUGUGGAGUCCUAGAAGGGGCUUUAGGGCAGACAUCUGCACUCCUCCGCGCUCAAGCACUGCUGCCUUUGCCAACUCGGCCAGGAUCUCCAUCAUGAAAGAAAGGGAUCUGUAUAAGUUUCUCGAAGCACUCAAGCGGUGCGAUCUCCCUACAGGUAGCCCGUACUCAAAGAUACCUAUCUUUCCAUUGUUCCCCGAUGUGGACGGGAUGGUGAUGGGAAGGCCAUUCAAAGACAUACAGAAGUUAGAGACGCUAAGGAGAAAGGAGCCGCUGAGUUUCUUUGAGGACUAUUUUUUCCAUAAAAGAGAUUGGAAAACACAGGCUGCAGCUGUAAAACCUAUCAAGUCUGCCUCAGGCUAUUCGGAUGACAUCCUAGCCAUUGACCAACUAUUCAAGAAGAAGCAUCACUGGACAGUAUCUGAUGCAGUGGCUAUCAAACAGCAUGUAAAGAGAGCCACGGACACCUAUAACUUAGGAAUUGCACUUGAGCACCGGAAAGAAAUGCUGAAUCUCUGGAAAAAGAUCCGAGGGGAUUUGAUUGGGAUCGAAACCAACAAUGAGUCCUUUUACAACACCUUUUCUACAUACACGUGGUCCUGGAAUGUCUGCCAAGAGCUGCUUUCCCCUAAGGACUUGCGCUUGCAUGAUGCCUAUGCAAACAGAAACUCCUCCGGCAAUUCUGGAUUCUCUUCCCCGUCAGACUUCAGUGAGUGUGACCUGGAGACAGGAAGGAAAAGGAAGCGGAAAGGUUUCAGGGGAUUUCGGCAAUGAAAUGUCUACAUUUUCUAAACAACUCUUCGAAAACUGCUUUCCAUAGUUAUCCAAAUUAUGAUUUCUUGCUUUUAUCUACUACAGGCUUAGCAGGUGGAAAUUUUGACAUCUUUUGGAUUCCAUCCAGUAAAAACCUUUAAAUCAUAGAAUGGUUUCUCUUCCCACGGUUUCUCUUUCCCAAAUCUUUGCUAGUUAAAAGCAGUUACCCUAGCCCUUCCCUGGAUGGAGAUGGAAGAAGAGAUGACCGGAGGUAGGAGGGGGGGAAUGGGUGAGAGGGACUAGGAGGAGAAGAUCGGGGAGAGGCUGCAGCCAGGAUGUAAAAAAAAAUAGGUGAAAUAUGUGUACACACACACUCACACACACGCGCGCACACACACACACAUAUAUGCUUGGCUAUGCAUGUUUAUUUCCAAUGCUAAAUCUUAUAUGGUGGUAAAAAUCAUAGAUAAAAACAAUUUAUCAUUAGUAAGUGAAUUUUAAUAUCAUUGAUAUGUAAAACCUAACAAUUUUCCAGGAUUUGACUUGAAUGCCUCGGUCUAUCAAUGUUCAAAGAAUAUGAGGUCUCCUAAGAAUAUUCUACCCAGUUCUUGUUGAGCUACCUUCCCUAAACCUCAGCUGGGUUUGGUUUGUAGUGAAUUACUGCUUUGCCAUGACAUAUUUAAGAAAGUGAAUGUAGUGAAUUGUAAGUAUUUUUUUUAAAUUGAAAGUAGAUUCUUUUCUCAUCCUUUAUCUCAUCCUGACCAGUUUCCGCUCUCUCCACUCCUCCUAGAUACUCCUCAUCUCCCCUCUCCCCCAGAUCCAUUUUCCCUCCAUUUCCUCUUCAAAAAAGAGCAGGCCUCCAAGAGAGGACAGCCAAACAAGACAAAACAAGAUACAAUAAGCCAAGGCAAAAACCCAACAGGAGGAAAAGAGUCCCAAGAGCAGGCAGGAAACUCAGAGAUACACCCACUCAAAAAAAAAAAAAAAAAGCAGUUACCCUAUUAUUAGAGCCAGUUACUCCCUGCCACUCCCACUCAGCUUAAAACAGCCAAGACAGCAGCAGAAAGGGGAAAAGUUAGCCUGGGUUUCUAAGGGCCCUCCAUGCAAGAAGCAUUUGAGUUUGGGGUGACUGUAAAUGAGACCGGUUUUUGAAUGUUUGUGACAGACCCCAGCAUCAGAGGAUGGCAACUGCAGGAAAUAGCACCAGCACACCCUCCACCCACACCACAAAGAACCUCUGGGAAAUUUAGGAAUUCCUAAGGCACAACUUUCACUUGGAUUGCUCCUGCAAAUAAUAAAUCUCAUCCAUUACAUUAAAGACACACAUAGCUGGGCGGUGACGGCGCACGCCUUUAAUACCAGCACUUGGGAGGCAAAGGCAAGUGGAUCUCUGAGUUCUAGGCCAGCCUGGGCUACAGGGCUAGUUCCAAGACAUCCAGAGCUACACAGAGAAACCCUGUCUCAAGGGGAAAAAAACAAAUAUACACAUAACUAUAUUGCAAAUUUGUGGAGGUAUCAUAGUAUUUUGUUUUGUGCAUGUGCAUGUGCUAUAUUUGCAAGUGUGCACAUGUGUGAGUGCACUCGGGUGUUCUUGACCAUGCUGGUAUGUGUGGAGCCUAGAGGUUGAUGUCAAGGCAUCUUCCGAAAUCAUUUCUCCAUUUUGCUUUUUGAGUCGGGUUCUCACUGAACCUGGAGCUCAACAUUUCUGCUAGACUCUAGAAUCUACCUGUCACCAUCUCCAACUCAAUGCUAAACACUGCUGCCCUCAAAUUUCUACAUGGAUACUGGGGGUUGGAACUAAAGUCAUGAUGCUUAUACAGCAAGCAUUUUGUCCACUGAGCUAUCUCUUCAUGCUGGAAUGUCAAGAUUUUUAUUGUGAUAAAACUUAACUGUAGCCGGGCAGUGGUAGCGCACCCCUUUUAAUCCCAGCACUCGGGAGGCAGAGCCAGGCGGAUCUCUGUGAGUUUGAGGCCAGCCUGGGCUACAGAGCAAGAUCCAGGACAGGCAAAAGCUAUACAGAGAAACCCUGUCUUGGAAAAAAAAAAGCAAAAAAACUUAACUGUGUGGUGGUAUUGUGUUCCCCAAAAUAUUAUGCACGAUAAUAAACUUAUCUGGGGUCAGAGAAUUGAACAGCCACAAUAUUAAACAUAGAGGUUAGGCAGUGGUAGCACAUGCCUUUAAUCCUAGCAUUCCAGAGGCAGAGAUCUACCUGGAUCUCUGUGUGUUCAAGGAUACAGCCAAGCGUGGCGACUCACACCUUUAAUCCCAGAAAAUGAGCCUUUAAUUCCAGGAACUGAUGGCAGAAAGCAGAAGACCUGAGGAUGAGGAACUAGCCUGGUUAAGCUUUUAGGCUUUUGAGCAGCAGUUCAGCUGAGAUCCGUCUGGAUGAGGACUCAGAGGCAACCAGUCUGAGGAAACGGGAUCAGCUGAGGAACUGUCAAGGUGAGGAAGCUGUGGCUUGUUCUGCUUCUCUGAUCUUCCAGCAUUCACCCCAAUACCCCGCUCCAGGUUUGUUUUUAUUAAUAAGAACUCUUAAGAUUCUUGCUACAUAACUGUAUAGAAUUUACCGUCUUAAAAAUAAGUAAGUGGGGGACUGGAAAAAUGGCUCAGUAGUUAACAGCACUGGCUGCUUGCUCCUCCAGAGGACCUAGGUUCAAUUCCCAGCAGCCACAUGGCAACUCACAGCUGUCUAUGACUCCCAAGAUCUGGCACCCUCACACAGACAUACA